UGGGAGUGCGCGUGUCAAGGCUCGUGCAGCGCCUACGAACGGCUCCCAAGGCUGCAUAUUGUGCAAUCACACAAAGCCCAGCGAGGCUGAAACUUCUGCGUGCUUUCGACGGCGUGACACGGAGCUUUUCAUCAGUACUCAGUGACACAUCAGAGCACUGCCACUACUGCCGCGACGACCAUGAAACCGCCGAUAGGGCUGGCCCUCCUCUGCCUGACGACCACCGCGCUGCGCGUGCCGCCGGCGCUGCGCCCGCGACGGCGGCGACCCCUCGCGCGGCGCGGCUCCGUUCAAAACGCGCGGCGGGGCACGCGGCUGCUCGCGCGGUCCGACGACCGCGCGCCUGCGCGGCGGGCCACGCGGCGCCGGAGCGCCACGAUUGAGGAGAAGGAGCCGAUGCGCGAGCUGGGCGUGGACGCCGCGCUGCAGGAGGAGGCGGCCGUCCUCGCGUCGAAGCUGGGGGGCGACGGCGAGCUCGACGAGUACUUCGACGUGGACGACUACCUCGAGAGCCUGCCGGAGCCCGAGGAGGAAGAGGCCGUCGACGAGGAGGCCGAGGACUGCGACGUCGGCGCGGGCCAGAACGCGUGCGACUCGUACCUCGAGGGCCUGACGAACUGGGCCUACAGCGGGCGGUCGCUGUCGAAGCCGCAGGGCUACGAGCCGGAGACGUGGUUCCAGAACCUGCUGCUGAGCUUCGGGUCGCGGACCUUCGCGGCGAUGCGCGGCCGCCUCGUCGCCACGGCGCUGUUCGCCUGGGUCGUCGCGUGGGCGCACAGCCCGCACGCGGCGCUCGGCCCGCGCGCGGCGUCGCGGCAGCUGUCGAGCGCCCUGGCGGCGAACGCGGUGCUGGCGCGCUUCCCCCUGCUGCGGGGGUGCUUCGUGGCGGGCGCUGCGCUGUUCCGGCCGCUCUUCACGACGCUGGGGCUCAAGCACGUGAAGCCCAUCCCCAUCGCGCUGCACUCGCUGAGCGGCACGGUGCUUGGCGUGCUGCUCGCCUUCCGGACGUCGCAGUCGUACGACCGCUUCUGGGCGGGGCGCCAGCUCUGGGCCGACGUCGCUAACUCGGUGCGGAACCUGGGCCGGCUCGCGGCGGCGAACUGCAAGCCGAGCCGCUACGAGGCGCUGCUGCGGCUCAUGCAGGCCUACCCCGUCGCGCUGCGGCAGCACCUGCGGGGCCAGCGCGACAUGGACGAGUUCGAGCCGUACCUCGAGACGUCCGAGGUCAACGAGCUCUCGACGGCGGACAACCUGCCGCUGGCGCUGACGCUGUCGAUGAGCGUGCUGCUCGCCGACCUGCGGACGGACCCGUCGCCGGGCGGGAGCUACCUCUGGUACUCGUGCAACGAGCAGGUGACGAAGCUGACGGAGGUCAUCGCGCGCUCCGAGGCCAUCGCGGGCACGCCGGUGCCCAUCUCCUACUCGCGGCACAGCUCGCGCGUCGUGUCCAUGUUCACGCUCAUGCUGCCCCUGGCGCUCGUCGGCAUCAUGGACUCCGUGCCGGGCACGGUGCUGUCGACGACGGUGAUCUCGUGGUUCCUCUUCGGCAUCGAGGUCAUCGGCCACAACAUCGAGGAGCCCUUCGGACUCGGGGGCGUGCGGCGGCCCGAGCUGCUGCCGCUGCGGCGCUACUCGGAGAACAUCAUCCUCGACCUGCAGGAGGAGAACCGCAUCAUCGAGCGCGCGCUGCGGUCCCCGGGCAAGGAGCUGGAGGACGCCGAGAGCGCGCCGGCCGCGGCCGCGGAGUCCUCGGCGGGAGUUCGGAUCGGGGUGGCGGGGCCGGUCGAGGUCGUCGGCGAGGAGGGGUCUUCGGCUACGUAAUCUGUGUUUUUGCUA